AUGUCUGCACGAGUUUUGCGUGUAUCAGCGCGGGUUUCUGUGUGUCAGCGUGGGUUUGUGUGGGCUUAUGCAUGGAUUUAUGUGUGUGCCAGCGUGGGUUUGUGUGUUAGCUUAAUAAAUAGUAGCGAUGUUGAAGAACAAGGGACAACGCAUAGAACCGAUUCAUUAUUGUAUGAACAAGGUGAAUGUAUUUCCUAUAGUUCGAUACCGGAGAAAUCAACGGUACGAACAAGUAGUUCAUGGCCUGAAAAUGAACCAAGGCCAACAGGUCUUGGUUUAAUACAUUGCUCAUUACAGCAUUUUCCAAUUAGGAAACGUCUUCGAGUUUCUCUUCUAAAAGCAGAAGGAUUGGCAGGUAAGUUAAAGCCUGAAUUAGAGAUUCAUGCAUUUUGCAAGGUAUCGUUGAUGCCGGGCGGAAAGUCACAGAAUUCAAUUGUAAAACGUGGACGUGAUGUUGUAUUUAAUCAGGAAUUUUUCUUCGACAAUAUAUCGGUAGAGGAUUUGAAUGAGAAUUGUCUAGCGAUAACAGUUUAUCAUCAAUCACCACAAAAACUUCAAAAAAAUGUUAUCAUCGGUGAUUUGUAUGUAUCAUUGAAGAAUUUAAGCGAAUUACGAUCGAAAAAAGAAGUAAAAAUUAUUGAAGAAUUAAAAUAUCGCAUCAAUUCAAAGAAAUUAGGAAAAUUAUGCAUAGCGUCAUGUUUGGAAAAAAAUGCAAGUCGUCUAACGAUCAAUAUUAUCAAAGUAGAAGAUUUACCGAAAGGUGGUAUUACCGGACCACCUGAUAUAUGUGUUCGUGUAUGUUUAACGCAAAAUAAUGUAACACAAACAAAACAAAGUCGCGUAAUCAAAGGUACGUGUAAUGCAACGUAUAAAGAAGCAAUUAUGUUUUUGGUGAAAACAAAAGCAGCAGAUCUUAAUGAUAUGAAGAUCACUAUUUCCGUCCAUGAUUUAUCAAGGACAAUUGCUGGUGAUGAUUUAAUUGGUUCGGUAUAUCUCGGUAAAUCAGCAGUUGAUAAAUCGGAACAUGAACAAUGGAAGAAUACAAUAGAAAAUAUUGGGAAAGAAUUUAAAGGUACUCAUCUUCUGAAAGCACGGAUAGAAGCACCAAAUGUUCACGUAACCGAAGCAACAUCCGAUUCUGAAUAA